GGGAGGCGGCGUCCGUCGCUCCAGCUGCGAGUCCGCCCGCCGCCCGCCGCCGCCGCCGCCGCCGCCGGCUCGGUCCCGCGCCCGCUGCCUGCCUUCACCCGCCAUGGCCCGCCUGACAGAGAGCGAGGCGCGCCGGCAGCAGCAGCAGCUCCUGCAACCGCGGCCCUCGCCGGUGGGCAGCAGCGGGCCCGAGCCCCCCGGGGGGCAGCCCGACGGCAUGAAGGACCUGGACGCCAUCAAGCUCUUCGUGGGCCAGAUCCCGCGCAACCUGGACGAGAAGGACCUCAAGCCGCUUUUCGAGCAGUUCGGCCGCAUCUAUGAGCUCACGGUGCUCAAAGACCCCUACACGGGCAUGCACAAAGGCUGUGCCUUUCUUACCUACUGUGCCAGGGACUCUGCCAUCAAAGCUCAGACUGCCCUGCACGAACAGAAGACCUUGCCCGGGAUGGCGCGGCCAAUCCAGGUGAAACCUGCGGACAGUGAAAGCCGCGGAGGUAGGGACCGGAAGCUGUUUGUGGGGAUGCUGAACAAGCAGCAGUCAGAGGAGGACGUGCUGCGGCUGUUCCAGCCCUUCGGGGUCAUCGAUGAGUGCACUGUGCUCCGAGGGCCUGAUGGCAGCAGCAAAGGCUGUGCUUUCGUGAAGUUCUCUUCCCACACGGAGGCUCAGGCGGCCAUCCAUGCCCUGCACGGCAGCCAGACCAUGCCGGGUGCCUCCUCCAGCCUGGUGGUCAAGUUUGCCGACACUGACAAGGAGCGGACAUUGCGGCGCAUGCAGCAGAUGGUGGGCCAGCUGGGCAUCCUGACACCAUCCCUCACACUGCCCUUCAGCCCCUACAGUGCCUACGCCCAGGCUCUCAUGCAGCAGCAGACCACGGUCCUGUCCACUUCAGGCAGCUACCUGAGCCCCGGCGUGGCCUUCUCGCCCUGCCACAUCCAGCAGAUAGGCGCCGUCAGCCUUAAUGGGCUGCCUGCCACGCCCAUCGCCCCUGCCUCUGGACUGCACUCGCCCCCGCUGCUUGGUACCGCCGCCGUGCCCGGCCUUGUGGCUCCCAUCACCAAUGGCUUCGCAGGUGUCGUGCCCUUCCCUGGUGGGCACCCUGCCCUAGAAACCGUAUAUGCCAAUGGCCUUGUGCCCUAUCCAGCUCAGAGCCCGACGGUAGCCGAGACUCUCCAUCCUGCCUUCUCCGGAGUCCAGCAGUACACAGCCAUGUACCCCACCGCGGCCAUCACGCCCAUCGCGCACAGCGUCCCCCAGCCGCCGCCCCUCCUGCAGCAGCAGCAGCGAGAAGGUCCCGAAGGCUGUAACCUGUUUAUCUACCACCUCCCCCAGGAGUUUGGAGACACGGAGCUGACGCAGAUGUUCCUGCCCUUCGGCAAUAUCAUCUCCUCCAAGGUGUUUAUGGAUCGGGCCACCAACCAGAGCAAGUGUUUUGGCUUCGUGAGCUUUGACAACCCAGCCAGCGCGCAGACCGCCAUCCAGGCCAUGAACGGCUUUCAGAUCGGCAUGAAGAGGCUCAAAGUGCAGCUGAAGCGGCCCAAAGAUCCGGGACACCCCUACUGACCGCGCCCACAGCCGCCCUGAGGCUGCGGGCUUGGCCCAGACCUACGUGAUUUGUACGAUGUACUUUAUUUCUGCUACGAGUAAUUUCAUGAAGUUUCAACUUGCAAACUGACUUUUGGAGACAAACCGCCACACCCCCCCCCCCCCCACACACACCCACACACACACAAAGAAAGACAAGAAAAAGACUUGGAGGGAACUUCGGGUUGACUUGUUUGAGCCUCGAGGUCCUUGUCACGGUGGCGUGUUUCAGGUGAGAAGCUGCAGACAUCAUCUUCAUGUCCCAAACGCCUCUCUUUGGUCUGGAGAAACUGAAAGUUUAUUUAAUAAAAGUUUUACUUGCUAAAGGC